GAGCUGGCGCGCGCGGCGUCCGGCCUCGCCACGUGCCAGGUGGUGCCGCCCGACCACGCGGCCUUCGGGGCGCUGGCGUCCGUGGCGCAGGCGGGAGCGCGGGAGUUUGGCGGAGACGCCGCCCAGUUGCUGCUCAACGCGUUCGCGAAGCUGAGGCGCUGCGGACACGAGGCGCUGUUCGGCGCGCUGGCGCUGGAGCUCGAGCGGCGGGCGGACGAGCUGUGCCCCAGAGAUGCCGCCGUCCUCGCCAGCGCGUACGCCUCCGCCGCCGUGGCGAGCCCAGGCCUCUCGGCAGCGUUGUCGGCGCGCUUGGCGGCAUGCGCGGGCGAAUUGUCGCCGCUGGACCUGGCGAACAGCGUGAGCGUUUUCGCCCGGGCGCACACGGAGGGAGCACAGGCGCUCUUAUCGGCGUUGGCCGUGGAGGCCGCCAAUCGCCUCGGCGACUUCGAGCCGCGGCAGCUCGCGGGCAUCGGCUGGGCUUACGCGCGGCUGCACCACGCAGCUGCCCCGAGGUUGCUGAGCGGGGUGGCGGCGCACCUGGCGCGCGCACGCGGCCUCGAGCGGCUUGGCUCCCAGGGGCUCGUGAACCUUUUGAGCGCGUACGCCAGGGUGCAGGUCCAUCCCCGGGAAUUGCUGGAGGGCGUCGAAGCACACCUCAUGGAACGCUCGGACGUGGUGCGGGGCAUGGCUCAAGUUGACCUCUUGUACACAGCUUCCUCGCUGGCCAGGCUGGGGGCUGGCAGCCCCGCGCUCUUCGCGCUCGUUGCCGACGCGGCGCUGGCGUCGCCUGUGCAGCCCACCGCGAAGCAGGGCAUUUACCUGCUGCAGGCGUGUUCGCAGGCGCAUUGCGCCCAUGUGGGCCUGUUCGACGGCCUCUCGGUUUCGCUCCGUGCGGCGCUGGGGGGCGGCGUGGCGGACGGCGGACUGUCGGCCAGCGACUGGGUGGUGGCACUGGGAGCAUACGCGAGCACUGGGCUGCUGGGCCACUCCGCAUCCACCCGCGCGCUGUGCCGGGAGGCGCUGGCCGCAUGUUGCGCGCUGCCUACGCCGUUGCGGGGGACCCGCUGCCAGAUUCGGGCGAAGGCCUCUCCGCCAUGGACGUCGCCAUGCUGUUGCGGUCGCUGUCCCGGCGAUGGAUUCCAGGUGCCGGUGAUGCGGCCUCGUUUUUGGUCACUCAGCUCCUCGUCCGGCGAGCGGAGUUCUCGGUGCAGGACCUCCUCGCGGCCGGGUACGCUGUGGUCUCGCUGCAGGCAUCUGAGGAUCCAGCCGCCGCUGGAGUGGUGCCACCGCACCUGCACAGCGAGCUGCUACUCUUGGUCUCGGAGGAGCUGGUCUCUGGGCGCCUGGAGCGGUUGUCUGCAGCAGAGCUCGGCACUGCUGCAAGCCUCUUGGCGCGCGCUGGGCAUGCAGAGCCUGCAGCCUGGGGGUCUGUCACCGAGCAGUUGGCCCGGGUGCUCGAGGACUGCCCAGCCGAGGGUUCUGGCGGCGACCUGCGGCAGGCCGCCCACAGUCUCGUCGUCGUGCUGA